AUGACUUUAGCAAUGCCAACUUAUGCUAUGUCCUACUUUAAACUACCUCUGAAGAUGUGUAAGGAGAUCAGUGCACUGAUGGCAAGCUAUUGGUGGGGAGAAAAUAAUGGAAAGGCCAAGAUGCACCUAUGCUCUUGGAAGAGAAUGACUCAAAACAAGAACCAGGGAGGGCUUGGAUUCAAAGACUUGGUCAAUUUCAACAGAGCUUUGCUUGGUAAGCAGAUUUGGAGAUUACCUGUAGACCCAAACUUGCUUAUCUCUAAGGUACUGACAGCAAAAUACUACCCUACUAGUUCCAUUUUCAAGUGUAAGUGUCCCCAGAAUGCUUCCUGGAUCUGGCAGAGUCUAAUGGGAGCUAAACAACAUGUGGAGGAUGGCAUCUGGAGGAAAAUUGGAAAUGGCCUGAGUACAGACAUUUGGGAAGAUAAGUGGAUAGUAGGAAACAAGGAUGAAAGGCCACAACACCCAAACCUCCAGAAUGCAAAGUGCAAAAAGUACAGGACCUAA